UACAGCAACCCCCCACCCCCUCCUUUUUUUCUCCAAACAAAUGAGUUCAAAGUCAAACCAAAAGUCAACAAGCAGCUGUCAAAAAUUCAGUAGUAAAAUCCAAUAAAGAGAAUCACCAGUACGCUUUCGAAGGAGAAAAAAAAAAACGAGGACAAUCAAAUGCCAGAUUCCGUCUCCUCCAGCAGCUCGGACUCGGGCAGCGAGUCGGGCUGGAUCGACGCCGAGAACGAAGUCGAAGAUGCGCCUACCAUCAUCUCGCUGCUCGAUGACCAGACUUUUAGCGAUGCCUUGUCCAUGGUGAACUACUGCAAGGAGAAGGGCUUUGACUUUUUGGCGACGCGCGACCGUUUGGGACUGGACUUUUAUGGGUGCAUUAAGCUCAUCAACUUUGUCCGCCAGAAAGUCCACGAGGGCGCACACCUGCCCAAGGAAAUCACAAAAGAGGACCUCGAGGACGACAAGUACCUCAAGCCCGUCCUGGACGACGAUGCAUUCAUCAUAUGCCUCGACGACCUCCCCGACCCGUCCCCAGCGGCCGCCGGCAAGGCAGCAGCCCCGGCAGGAGACGCUGAGGACCUGAGGACCAAGAACUCGGAGCUGCAGGCCGAGCUGGACAAGCUGGCGCGCCAGUUUGCCGACUACAGGCUCGCCGUGCAGCAGACGCUCGACCAGCGCUGGGGUGAGGACGAUGCUCCUGCUCCUGGUGCUGCCGCUGGCGCUUCGUCGUCAUCUGGUGGUGCCGCUGCGGCCAAGUCGGCGGAUGGCGCUGUUGAGAAGCCCAAAGACGAUUCCAAGUACUACUGGGAGUCAUAUGCGCACAACGAGAUCCACGAGAUUAUGCUCAAAGACACGGUCCGCACCGAAGCGUACCGCGACUUCAUCUACAACAACAAGCACCUGUUUAAGGACAAGGUCGUGAUGGACAUUGGCUGCGGCACUGGAAUCCUCAGCAUGUUCUGCGCGCGCGCAGGCGCAAAGCUUGUCAUAGCCGUCGACAACUCGGACAUCAUCGACAAAGCGCGCGAGAACAUCUUCAACAACGGCCUCAGCUCCACCAUCACCUGCCUCAAGGGCAAGGUCGAAGAGGUGGUCCUCCCCGUGCCGCAGGUCGACAUCAUCGUCAGCGAGUGGAUGGGCUACUGCCUGCUGUACGAGGCCAUGCUGCCCAGCGUGCUGUGGGCGCGGGACCGCUACCUCAAGCCCGACACGGGCCUCGUCGUGCCCAGCCACGCCAGCAUGUGGGUGGCCCCCUUUGCCGAUCAGGACUGGGUCGACGACCACGUCACAUUUUGGCGCGACGUCUACGGCUUCGACAUGCGCGCCAUGCAGGAGGGCAUCUGCCUCGACAGCCACAUCGAAGUCGUGCCGUCGUCUUCGGCCGCCGGCGAACCCUCCAUGUUCCGCAUGCUGGACCUGCACGCCUGCACCACGGCCGACCUGGUGUUUGACGUGCCGUACCGCUCCGCCGCCACGCGUGACGCGGACCGCCUCGACGGCUUCCUGAUCUGGUUCGACAUCUUCUUCGCCACGGACAGGGAUCCCAAGGCCGUCGAACCCGCAGACGUGACGGCGGCGUCUUGGUCCGAGGACGGCAAGCGCGAGGACCGCGUCGCCUUCACCACGGGGCCGUUUGGCAAGCCCACGCACUGGAAGCAGGGCAUCCUGCCCAUCAAGCAGGAGGCGCCGGCGGUGAAGCUGGUCAAGGGCCAGCCGGUCGAGGGCAACCUCGCGCUGACGAUACCAAAGGACAACCCGCGCGGGCUGAUGCUCAAGGUCACGUGGAAUGGGGAGGAUGGCAAGGUUCAGGACCAGUCGUGGGAGUGCUGAGCUGUAUCUGUGCGUGUUGAUCUUGCGGGUGGACUUUUGGGGUUGCUGUGGUCUAAUAGAGCAGAGAGUGCCAAAAAGUGUUGUUGCACAAUGUGUACAAGAAUGUUUUGCAAACCAUCCCCGCGAGGGAAACACCACAAGCUGGAUGCUCGAUUUGCUCUAUCUAAAUGCAUAACAACAAAACUCCAGAUCGUACCCAAGAAGAGUGCAAAUGCGACAAACAAGCAAGCAUUCUAAUUAACGAAAAAAAAAGGUAGUAUCUCUCUGUUUCCAUGGCCACUGAAUCGAAUUCCAAAACAUCGCUUCAUCCUGCAUCUACAUCAAAGAUGCGGCACUCCGAAACUCUCCAUCAAAAGGUUGGCAAUACUGAGAAAGCCCUCGCCGAGGAUGAAGCCCUGGAAAAUGCACAAACGCGCAGUUUGUCAGCACAAUAUUCUCGGUACUAUCCAGACAUAAGCUGCAUCAAUAUUCACUGGAUAAAAAGAAAUGUUACUCACCGAGGCGGUUAUAAUCAGCGGCGUAUCCUCUCUCCCCAUGACGCUCCUCCACCACCAGCUCAGCACGCCACCAAUCGUCCUCGCCAGCGUAAAAGACGGGACGUUGUACAUGCCUGGGUAGUGCGAAAUCACAUCCAGACCACCAGGGAUGUAAGCCUGCCACUUUGCACCACGCGGCCCCACCAUCUUGACGGCGGUGAACACGGCAAACAGCACGGCAGCACCGCCCGCCCACUCGGCCGCCAUGGGCGGGAGGCCCUUGCCCGAGGCUACGAGACGCGCCGUGAAGAUCCAGACCAGCGCCGUGGGG